AUGUCCAGAGGCUGUCUGCUAGAAGUCAUUGUUGGAGAGAGCACUGUGUGCGGCUGGCCGUGGGCUGGUCCCACGCGGGCUGGUCCCACGCGCCGCUCCUCUGGGACACAUGGGGCCCGGGCCGUGGCUGCUCCGGGGGCCGAGUGCUAUGGGGCUGAGCUGGGACUGGACGCAGCCAUGUCCUCCCUGUCGGCGCUCUGGCGACCGGUCGGGCCCUCGGGCCUCGGCUCCUCGGUGUACUGCUUCACCAGAGGACAGUACCUCUGGGCGUGGCUGGUCCUUUCUGUGCUCCUGCCUAGCUUCCUGGUCCAGGGCCUGAGCUAUCUGUGGUUCCAGGCAGACGGGCACCAAGAUCAUUGCUUGUUGCUCAUGCUACACCCCCCCCCCCAGCUGGGCGUGUGGAACAAGCAGCCUCCUUUCACCUCUGGAGGCAGCAUCUCGCUGGUCAUUUACUACAGCCUGCAGCCCCCCAGCUCCACAGACAGGUGGCAGGGCUGGUGUGGUAGGGCCACGUCUGUCUGGGAGUCGUGUGCCAUCGCAAGAGGAGGUAACGCAGGCAAGGAAGCCCCUCCCCCCUCGGCUCCAGCUGGGGAGAAGCUGGGGAGCCUAGGCACUCACCAGGGGGAAUGUCACGAGUUCACCCGCCAGGGGAAGGCCCCUAGCCCACUGUGGGGACCCCCCGACGCUGGGCUAGAAAGCCGGACUGCUCUGGAGGAUUCUUUCCUCAGUCACCAUCACUGGCUGUUGGUGUGACUUGCCCUAAAGACAGGAAAUGUGUCUAAGAUCAACGCAGCCUUUGGAGAAGACAGUCCUGGCCACUUUCAUCUCCUGGUGGCGGGGGUGAACCAGCCCUAACCCCAGUAAAAGACACCCCUGUUUUCCCAGCCAGAGCUCCCACUGUUACCCCAGGACCCGUCCUCAGAGAAAGGCUCUGAGUUUCAGGGUGUCCUGACCUCAGAAGCAGACAUGUUGGAAACCUCCAGUUUCGUCUCCUUUGCCAACGACAGUCGGGACCCAGCUCCUGCCCAGAAGCAGUCCACAGGACAGAGGGAGCACAACCUGGAGGAAGGGGCUGGGGCUCUUUCUCCAGGGCGGAGCAGGAAUGCGGGUGGGCGGAGAGGAGGGGAAGGACCAGAGGGCUACACACUGGACUUCAGUGCCACGGUCGAGGGGGGCCGGGCAGGCAGGCAAUUCCGCCGACAUCCUGCUCCCCUUGGCUGGCCACGUCCCUUCCCUGCUGCCAUGGCUGACAUCAGCCUGAUCCUAGGCCUGGGACCUUCCAGAAGCUUCUGCCCCAUCGUGGGCUGCGUUGGCAGAGCCCUGAGCAGCUCAGAGCAUGGGGAGCAGCAGGAGCCCACACGGGACCGGAACCUUCCUGCCACUGCUCCCUGGGCAGAGCGCAGCAUCCCCCGCCUCCGCCGCCCGGGCCUGCGGCUGGCCGCCGGGCCCCCUGCGCAGGCGCGCUCGCCCUCCCGCGCACGCAGGGCCGCGCGGGCUCAGCAGGUGGCGCUGUUGCCUCUCCAGCGGCGCGCGGAGCCCGCGUCCUCCCUGGUCCUCCCGCCAGCAUCCCUCGAAGUGUAA